AGAAUUCUUAAAAAGUAAAUUAUUUUCCUCGACAUUUUAUUAUUUAUAAUUUCAAAACAUAACUGCAGAAUUAUAAAGAAUUUAAUAGAAAAUGGCUUACAAUUUUCCGGGUGUACCAGCAGCUGCUAUGCCACCAAUGGGUAUAGGACCAAUGGGACCUCUUGCUCCAAUUGCAGGUCCACAAAGUUUUAUGGAUUUAGCAAGCCAAGGAUUUCCUCCUUUACCUCCACCAAUACCACUGCCUGGAAUGAAUGAUUCUCCUUUAGAAUUUAGUACAAAUAAAAAUCAACCCCCAGUAGUUAGAGAAGCUCCAGAAGAUAAUAGUGAUAAAAGAAAUGAAAAAAGUGAUAUUCGACGAGAAAGAGAAAACAGAGAUAAUAGAGACACUAGGGAUAAUAGAAGAUCUAGGAGUGAUCGAAGUGAUCGGAGAGAGCGAGAUAGAGAAAGGAGAGAAGAAAGAAGUGAAAGAGAUCGAAGAGAAGAACGAAGGCCAGAUGAUCGAAAUAGUAUAAAUUCUAGCAAUAGCAAUAAUAGUCAUAAUAAUAAUUCAAAUAAUAACGAAAUUCCAUCUUCAUCAAAUACUGGUAACACUCCAAAUUUGGGAACUCAAAUGGAACAAGCAACAGGAGUUUGGGGAAUGGGAGUAGGAUAUCCAGUAAUGGGAAUGGGUCCAAUGGGUCCAAUGGGACCUAUGAUGAGUGAAAUGACACUUGGUCCACAUAUGGGACAUACUCAUAGUUAUGGCCCCAUGAGUAUGGGAAUGAUGUCACAUGAUGGUAGUAUGAUAGGUGCACAAAUAUUAGGACCAGAACAAAUAAUGAAUGAUGCUGCCCAAAUUAUGAGCAGUGCCUUACCUCCUCCACCAACAUCACAAGGUACCAAAGAAAUUAUACAUUGCAAAAGUUGUACGUUGUUCCCACCAAAUCCAAAUGCUCCACCUCCAACAACUAGAGAAAGACCUCCAGGAUGCAGAACAAUUUUUGUUGGAGGUUUACCUGAAAAUAUCACAGAAACGAUAAUUCAAGAAAUAUUCGAACGUUGUGGAGAAAUAACCACCUUGCGACUCUCUAAAAAAAACUUUUGUCAUAUACGUUUCGUACUCGAAAGUAGUGUUGAUGCAGCAAUUUAUUUAUCUGGAUAUAGAGUUAGAAUAGGAUCCAGUGGUGAUCCUGCAAAUACAGGCAGAUUACAUGUAGAUUUUGCUCAGGCUAGAGAUGACCAAUAUGAAUGGGAAUGUAGACAACGUCAAUUACAGAGAGAACAACGCCAUAGAGAAAGAGUUGAAAAGGAAAGACAAAGGGCACCAUCCAGUCCUCCUCCAGUAGUACAUUAUACAGAUCACGAAGCAUCAAAUAUUUGUGAAAAAAUUAAGCAAGACGAUACAUUCAUGAAAGCAGUGCAAACUAAAACUUUUAAAUUCCAGAAAACGCGUUCUGUUACGUUACAAAACAAGCGCAUUAAAUCAUUCCAGGUUGUCGUAACAUGGCUCGAGCGUGGAGACUGUACCAAACGCAAUGCUAACACUUUUUAUUCGAUGAUUCAAUCAACGAAUUCUCACGUUCGAAGGCUACUUACAGAAAAGGUCGCUUACGAAGAGGAACUCCAAAAAGCAAAGGAAUUAAUGAAGGGCAGAAUGCAGGGACUCUUAAUACAAUUCAGUCAGAUUGAACGCGUCUUUACUGCGGCCAGCCACAAGAAGGUCUGGGAUCACUUCACAAAGGCUCAACGGAAGAACAUCGAAAUGUGGAAGAAACAAUCUUCGGAAAUUAAAGCGGUACAAUUAGAAGAAUCUUUAAUGGAAGGUGAAGGAGAAAUGGAAGUUUCUGAUUCAGAAGAGGAACCGCAACGCAAAAAAGCACGCAAUCAGUCAGAUUCACAUGAUGAUAUUGAAAGAUUACAAACAUUGAAGGAGGAGAACGAUAGUCUUCGGUGUCAAUUGGAGGCAUAUAAAAACGAAGUGGAUUUGUUGAAAUCAGAGACAAAAAGUGAAAUAGAUGCAAAGGAUAAACAAAUGAAAAUGUUGCAACAAACCUUAAAAGGUAUGCAGGAACAAUUGAUGCAAUCGAGAAAGCAGCAAGCGCAAGAUGACGAAAAAAUUAAAGAUUUAACUGUAAAAUUAAAUGCUACAAAGAAGGAAGAACCUCGAGAAAGCGAAAUAAUAACAUUAGAUAAAGAUGACGAUGUUAACGAAGAACCUCGAACUCCGAAACAAUUAGUUUUAACAUCUAGCUUCGUACAAAUUUCUCAAAAAGAUGCCAAGUUAAUAGGAUUAAUAGCAACAUUUCUACAUAUUCAUCCAUUUGGUGCAAGUGUAGAUUAUUUAUGGUCUUAUUUACAAAAAAUGGAACCAGGUAUUAAACCAAAUGAAGUAGAAGCAUUAAUGCAACGAUUUCCUCAAGUCUUCAAACAAGAUUUAUUUGGAAUUGGAGCAAAUAUGGAAAGACGUUGGCAAUUUUCAGGUUUUAAUGUAUAUCGUAAUCACUGAUUCAUGUACUGAUAAUUAACUUUAGAAAAAAGUUAAAAAAAAUAUCUCUAUUAAAGAAUUUUUUAAUAUCAUCAUGUUAUGGUAUCUUAUGCCAUAUAGAUUUUUAUUGUGAUAUUUAUAAUUCUUGUAGUGAAUCUUUAUUUCAUAAUAUCGUUCUUAAGCAAAAUACUUGUAAAUAAACUUGAACGAUUUCAAAAAUUCUGGAAAAAUAUAAAUGUAUUUU